AUGUACAUCUUCGCCGACGGGUCUUUCCGACUAAAGCCCAAGAUCAUCUUCCACGGCACCGCCGGCCCAAAAGGCAGGAUUUUCGCAGAUGAGGGCCAUCUUUACGCACCAGACGUGACUGUCGCGUACAAUGAGACAGCGUACAACAAUGAGGACUUAUUUUAUGACUGGAUUAAGGACGAAUUAGCGGACGUACAGGCGAAAACACGAGACUUCCUUCUCGUAAUGGACGUCGCCACAUUUCACAAGACUGACAAAGUCACAGACCAGCUACGGCAACAGAAGGUGACGAGGGCGCUUAUCCCGCCGGGCUGUACGGGUCAGCUUCAACCGCUUGACGUGUCCGUCAACAGACCAUUGAAGGACUUGCUACGAGAAGAAACCCUUAUUUACAUGAUAAAUAAGGAGGCCCAAGGGCAGACAGAGUGGUCCGUCAAGGAUAAGAGGAUAAUGACAACAUGGGUCGUCUCACGGGCUAUUCAACGACUUGCCCAACGCCCUGAGAUGAUUGCCAAGUCAUUUACAACCUGCGGUAUUAGUGUGAGACCCGACGGGAGCCAAGACCACCUCAUACACAUCAAAGACAUCGACGAGAUCGAUUUUACGGGUUGGGAGACUGCUGAGGAGAUUAUCGUCAAGGAGGAAGAAGUUGUGAAUACCCUCACGGACUUUGAGGAGCUUAUCUGA